AUGCGCCUGUUCAUUGUACUGCUGAUUCUGACCUGCUGGUCCUGCUCCAUUUCCGGGCUGAAGUGCCGAUCCCAGGAGGGAUUAAGCGAGGGGGAGCUCAAGAGAACCGUACGAGGGUGCAUGCAUCGGCAGGACGACAGCGAGGAUCGAGGACGAGAAGUGGGAAGAGGAGGAGGAGGAGGAGGGCAGGGCAGGCAAGGAAACAGCUAUGGAUUCGAUUACGAAAGAGGUCAGGAUGAAGAGCAGGAUAGGGAUCGAAAUCAAGGCAACAGAGGAGACGUCUUUGGCAACCGAAGGCAGAGGAGGGGUCUCAGGCCAUCGGACAGCAGGAACAACACAAGCAGCGAUGGAGGUCAGUGUUUGGCCCAGUGCUUUUUCGAGGAGAUGAAUAUGGUGGACGGCAAUGGGAUGCCCGACCGGCGCAAGGUGAGCUAUCUGCUGACCAAGGACCUUCGGGAUCGGGAGCUGCGCAACUUCUUCACGGACACCGUGCAGCAGUGCUUCCGGUACUUGGAGAGCAUCGGGGGAAGGGGCCGGCACAACAAGUGCUCGGUGUCCCGGGAACUGGUCAAGUGCAUGUCGGAGUACGCGAAGGCGCAGUGCGAGGAUUGGGGGGAGCACGGCAACAUGCUCUUCAACUAGGAUCAAACAUACCCCACUUUUUAGGUCCUCGCAGCGGUCAAGGAAGCGCUCGUGGUUGUCACGAAUCCCGCCAUCGGUGCUCUC